GCAAGUUGUGAUGAAUUAUGAACUGCUAAGGUGUACAAAAGCCUGUGUAAUCAAAGCAAGGAGUCCUUUCUAUGUCAAGUGAGAGGCAAUGCUGGUGCGAGUGAGUCAUUGAGUUUCUGAAUGGCGGGCUGGGUUUAUAAACCUCCACCAGCCCUCAACACAUGAGUUUGGAGGCCACUUGUCACUCUGGUCUGUCACGUAUGCACAUGCGGCAAGGUCCGACAGCUUCAGCAUCCUUACUUCUCAUCCUGGAGGGCACGGGAGCACAAAGACAGCUCUUCACCAUGAGGUCCUUCAUCUUACUGCUCUUCUCCCUGUUGUUGGUGUCGCAUGGAUCUUCAGCGGUCAUCACAGGGGCCUGUGAGAAGGACUCUCAGUGUGGAGGAGGAAUGUGUUGUGCAGUGAGUUUGUGGAUUCGCAGCCUGCGCAUGUGUACGCCCAUGGGACUGGAAGGAGAAGAGUGUCACCCGAUGAGCCACAAAGUUCCUUUCUUUGGGAAAAGACUUCAUCAUACUUGCCCCUGUCUGCCCAACCUGUCGUGCAUCACUACAGAGGAGGGGAAAUCCAAAUGUCUCUCACCAUACAAGUAUCCAGACUACUACCUCUGAGAACCAACGCUUACAGUUACA